AUGGUGGGUGGGUGGGUGGUGGGUGGGUGGUGGGUGGUGGGUGGUGGGUGGUGGGUGGUGGGUGGGUGGCGGGUGGUGGGUGGUGGGCGGUGGGUGGUGGGUGGUGGGUGCGUGGGUGGCGUGGGUGGCGUGGGUGGCGUGGGUGGCGUGGGUGGCGUGGGUGGCGUGGGUGGCGUGGGUGGCGUGGGUGGUGUGGGUGGCGUGGGUGGCGUGGGUGGUGGCUGCAUGGUGCAGCCUCUGCAGGCAUUUUCUGUCUCCAACGUGGAGUGGGCAUCUAGCUAUUGGGCACUGCUGGCAACCAAAGCGGUCCAGAAUAUGAUGGCUGAAAUGAAACGAGAGAAUGACAGCCUCCGUGUCGAAGUUCUCGGUCACUUGAAGAAGCUGCAGAAAGCAAUCCGCCACGAGAGUGAACUGAGUUUUGCCUCUGCACAUGUGCAGUUGAGCGCGUCGGCAUUGGGAUUGUUGUUCAAUGUGCCACAUGCAGACUGGUCUGGAAAGAUGCAGGGAAGUGCCACAUGUGAAUCCGCCAAAGCUUUGGAGUUUGUUCCGAUCUUCGACUUCCUGACUGCCUCAGGAGAAGCCAUCGCUCGCAGGUCAUGUCUGAUAACUUCCGCAUUUGAUUUGAGCAAGUGUGCUGAUGCAGCCUCCAUAUUCGGUCCUUGCGGCUUGCAGGCGAAGGGACAGCCAAUUGUUCAUCCUUGGAAGAUACUUUUCAAGCCUGGUCAAAGUACAGGGCUACACUGCUGCGUGCUGGGUAGCUCUGCGUUGAUUGUUUGCCUUUGCGAAACCUCCGAGCAGCCAGAGGUGAGCAGGUAUCUAGUGGUGAGCUCGGCAGAGCUCCUCACGCUGAUCGAACUCGCAGGAAAGCUCCGGGCCACGGCGGCCACCGGAGUCCACGACCAAUCCUCCAGAUCUCAUGCGCUUUGCCGCAUUUUCGUGGAAUGCGGAGAAGGCGCCGAGGGCUCCGUGACUUUGGUGGACCUGGCAGGCUCGGAACAUCGAAUCGAUAACGCAGAGCACAACGCCGAACGGAGGAAGGAAGGCGCAAAGAUCAAUGCUUCAUUGGCUGCGCUGAAGGAGUGCAUCAGAGCCAGGGCGUCGAAUUCGAAGUUCAUCGCCUUCCGACAAAAUCGGCUCACGCAGCUCCUCAGGGGCUGUUUCCUGCCAGGAGGCCACCACGAAACAGUGGUGAUCGCCACCGUGUCUCCGAGCAGCAAGGACACAGAGCACUCGUUGAACACCCUCCGCCAUGCAUGCAUCAUGGACGGCCAGGGACAGGGCAAGAGCGACAAGGGCUCACACCUCGGCGGUGGAGCGGUUACCAAGGAGCUACUUGGUGAGAUUGAUGUUACCAAGUUGGCACGGGAGCGACGGCAAAAGGCUAAGGAGAACGUGGAGCCAACCGCAGAAUGGGGCAGGCCUCCGCCCAAGCCGGAGCAUCAAAGCAAGCAGAGCAACACUUCCAUGCGGGCCGCUUUGGACCGGCGCUGCGUGAAAGCGCUGGCGCCGGAAGUUGCCAGGCGCCUCCAGGCCGCUCGAGAAGAGUGGGGCACCGUUCGCCAGCGCUUGCGGCUGGCGCGGCCGCCCCCAGCCGAGGUUCAGGAGCCUGCCCCGGAGCCAGCAUCAAAGGCGGAGCACAGAGAGGCCAAGGUGACCCCUCGUCGCUCGGAGCCAAAGCCGGAGAGGGAGCCCGCUCCGAAGGCAACCCACGAGGCCACCCCAGGAUGCCAAGGGCAAGAUGAGGAGGAUCCAGACCGAGCUCGUGCAGUCGGGCUGUUCCAGUCUUUCCUUGAGCGCGGCCGCAAUGCGGAGAACUGGCGAAACCUGGCCUGUAACUUUCUCGACUGCACAUUUGUCUUACUAUAG